AUGUUCUGGGAUGUAGUGCGAAGGGGCAAGGACAACGCACAUGCUUUAUCGUCAACGCCAGAACGAAUGUUGUCAGGCGCACAACGGGAGAUUCACGAAAGUAGAAAUAACACCAACCCAGCAAGCGUGCUCUUUGAUAGUAGAGCUGAUCGCUGCUCGGAGAGCGAGAUCGUUGCAGAUUGCAGGGCUUUAAACAACAAAAUAAGGGAUGCUGCUCUCAACGUCGCCGAAGAGUGGACAGAGCGUUCCUCGCGCCGACCUCCUGGGUCGGAUGUUCAACUCAAGGUCGAGUAUCACCAAUCCCUGCGAUGCAUUUUGGGAGAAACGCUCUACCGUAUGAUUUGGCAACUCGGGGCAGCAUGCUCGCCACUCGAAGAGGUUGAAGGGUACAUUACCGAUGCACUUCAGACACUGGCUUCAUAUUCCGUACACGCCAUCAUUUCCGAAACGUUUUGCCCGGGUUCUCAUCGACAAUGUAAUGUCACACAUCAGAAUAUUUUCUGGAACAUGAUCUGGCACGAUCAACAAACGAUUGCACUGCAUUGGAGGGCUUUGACCUACUCGUAUGUGUUGAGAAGCACGCCGAACGGACCGGCACCCGCAAUUCAGCACUUCGUAUCGUCGUGGCAGUCCAACUUGGCAAUCCAUUUUCAAGCUAUAUUUCACCUUGGCGGUGAAAGUGCAUCGUCACCGUUCCUGGACAACAUACCGAAGCUGAUUUCCGAGUGCGGAAUCGUUGAAUCAGCCAUUGAACUUUCCGAUAAAAUCAAAACGAAUAUUUUCUCUGUGUUCAUUGACGUGUACUGGGUAAAGCCAAGGCUUGUCUUCAAUGGAAACUUGAUGGAUGAGGAUGAGCGCAUUGGAUCAUCGGAUCCCUCCCGCCAGACUCUGGUGGCAUGUACCCUGGAGCUAGGCAUUCGAGAGAUUGCCAUGGCCAAGACUGACGACCAAGACCAAAAAGGACGGGUAUUGUUGAAACCUAAGGUACUGAUCGAAGUAAGCACUCCGUUCAUUAAUAACUCCUGA